ACUUUCUACACGACAGAAAUACGCUCUCGUCGCUGGCGAAUUUAAAAUCAAUUCAGUUUGUUUUGUGGGACCAAAUUUUCAUGAAAAAAAAUAUUUUAACUUGUAAGUAAACUCUUUGAAGAGGUACAUUUCUUCAGUAAUUAAAUGUUGUGGUAAUUAAAUAAUUGUAUCAGUUGUAAUCUCAAUUAAAUUCUAGUUUGUUGCAGCAAGGGAAAAGCAAUAGCCUGCAGCAAUUUUAUAUAAAUAAAAUGUCAUAAAGGUAAGUAAAACUGAUACAUAUUUUAACAGACCAUUGUUUUAUUUUGUUACAAAAGCUAGCGUUCUGAUUGUCAUUGGUUUGGUAUAAGAGUAGGACAUCGAUGAAUGUUAAAGGUCUAUCUAAAGACUCUCAAAAAACUAAAGUGGGCUUCAUUUCCUUCAAGGCAAGAGAUGGCCGCAAAUUUAUUUGUAUGCUAGCCUUAAUAUUUCGUUGAAUGUAAUCGUGACACUUUAAAAAUUCAAUUUCGGAUUUCAUUUAAACGUUUUCUUUUUAAACGAACCCUGUAAUAGCACUCGCAUCUUUUAUAAUAUGAGUACGAACAUUUUGAAACUGAUGUUCUAUUACUUUCUACAGCUGUCAAGGGUACACGGAACCAACAAAUAAACCAGGCCAAACGGGAAACUUCUUUAUUGUUAUCAACGAUGUCACAGAAGAGAAGUUUCAGAGUAAUAAAAGUCACAAUUUGAAGUAAUAUUGUAUUUUAAAACUGCGUCACACAUGAGUAGUUUCAAUCUUUCAACGAGAAAAAAAAAGGAACUACGCCACGCAUAUCAAGGUAUAAAUUUAAGGAACCGAGUAAAUGAUAAUAGGCUUCCUCAUUCCUGAAUACGCCUGGCAGAUCGGCGUUACGCCCUAACAGAAUAGUUGAUAACAUCUUUGUGUAUCAAAACUACAGCUUUUUAGACGGCAUAGGGAAACAAAGUAUUCGAAACAUUCAGAAUGACUUUUGAUUUCGGGAACUUCAAAUCAUCCGUGGCUGAAGGAGUUCAGAAGUGUAUCGGUCAACAAUGGACACAUGAUGAUUACAGUGACGUCACUGUUGUUGUGGAAGAUAUGGAGUUCCACUGUCAUAAGUUUAUGCUAAGUUCGUGCUCUAGUUUCUUUAACGGACUUCUACGGGCUGAGAUGAGAGAAAGCAUAGAGAAUCGAGCUGUGCUGAAAUCUAUGAGCAAAGAAACAUUUGCUGUCAUCAUCAAUGCUGUUUAUAAGGGUGAAAAUGGUUUAACAAAGGAAAAUAUUCUACCAGUGUGGCGAGCAACCAUUUUUUUGGACAUUCCAUUUCUAAUAGAAAUGUGUGAGUAUUUUGUAAGUCAAGAUAUUUCAUUAACUAAUUUUGAAAUAUAUUAUGAAAGUGCAAAGCUCCUGGGACGUACACAUGUUCUAAGACUUUUACAUAAUUUUAUGAUCAGAAAUUUCCAACAAAUCAAUGAUAGAAAGACAUUCUUUGAACUAUCUGCUGAAGAAAUCUGUAACAUGGUAGACAGUCACUUCCUUAAAGUAGAUUCUGAAGAUGUUGUUAUUGAAUCGAUUCUUCAGUGGAUCAAUUACGAACAUCAUGAUGUUGAAAUGCUGGUCGAUGGGAGUACUGACGAUUCUUUGGAUGAUCAAGACUAUCGCAAUGAAAUGAAUAAUGCUGCCUGUAGGAAUGACCAGUCGAAAGAAGGAAUCAAUCUUGGUGACAGCGGUGAACAAACGGCCGAACUGACGAUGGAUGCAACCAACUGUAGCAAAUCAGAGUUACGUGCAAGCACCACUGAAAUGUCUAAGUCUGUCAUCUGCAGUAUUUAUGAGGCAGAUGGCAUGGCUUUAGUAAAUACAUUUGAGACACAUCAACGACAGCAAACAACAUCACCAGAAGCGUCAACGGACACUAGACACACAAAUCCGGCUCUUAAAAGAGAAAGUGAAUUAAAUUUGAAUGAAGGAUCUGAGAGAGCAGACUAUGUGAUAAAGUUACUUAAAUCAACUCGAAUGCAUUUGGUAAGUCGCGGGUGCCUUGAAAAUCUGACGAGAAAUGCAGUGAUAACAUCAAACCUAGAUGCCAUGAAUAUUGUGUAUGAAGCCCUGGUGUAUAAAAAAAAGGCUGUCAAUUACGGAAAUACCAUCUUGAGAUACAGAGAACACAGUAACAUCAUCAACGGGGUGGCUUUUGUUUGUGAUAACCUGGUGUUUUUAUACAAUCUCUUAGAUCAUCAGGCGUAUACUUUGUUUGAUAAAGAUUUAGGACAAGAACAAUUUUCUGGAUUUGUUGGGCUUACUGCAAUAAACUCUGCUCUAUGUUUCACUACAACAAAAAAAGAAAGCGUACUGAUGGCAGGUCGCAGCCGGUCAAUUGUAACUGAUACAACUUUCAAAUAUUUAAAAUUAUAUAACACAGAGGACGAUUCCUUUUCAGAGUUGGGAAAGUCAAUGAGCUCACAUAUAUCGUUCCUGCUCAAUUACAAUGACAAUAUAAUUUGUACCGAUAAUUUAUUUGUGGACGUAACUGUUUUUCGACCAUCAGAGGAAAUUUCUUUAGGUCUACGAUUCUUAAACACUAACAUUACUCCUUCGCAUGCGACAAUUUUUGAAGACGAUAUAUUAAUAUUUUACGUAUCCGGAGCAAGAACUGGAAUAAAAAGUUGUAAACCAAGAAACAAGGUAUUGGUCACUCUUCCAGACAUCGAUGGCCCUGCCGACAAAAUGACCAGUUUCCAACACGACGCAC